AUGUCUCGAUCAAACAUGUCCUCUUCCACUGACAACCUGUCUACUUCUGGACAGGGCACUGAGUCAGUGAUGCCCAUCGCUAUCGUGGGUAUUGCUGGCCGCUUUCCAGGGGAUGCUGAGAACCCCCAGAAGCUAUGGGACAUGCUCUCUCAGGGCAGAAGUGCCUUGUCUGAGGUCCCCAGCGACCGAUUCAACGUCGACGCCUUCUACCACCCCCAUAACGAGCGUCAGGGAACCAUCAACGUGCGCAAGGCUCAUUUCAUGAACCGCGACAUCUCAGCGUUCGAUGCCCCAUUCUUCAACAUGCCCAUCGCCGAGGCCAAGGCAAUGGACCCUCAGCAGCGCAUGGCUCUCGAGUGCACCUAUGAGGCUUUGGAAAAUGCUGGAAUUGCCAUGGAGAAAGUCGAUGGCUCCAACACUUCCUGCUUCGUAGGUUGCUUCACCAGGGACUACAGCGACAUGCUCGCUUGUGACCGCGAGGACCUGCCGCUUUACCACGGCACUGGUACAGGCUCUGCGAUCAUGUCCAACCGCAUCUCGUGGUUCUUCAACAUGAAGGGCCCGAGUAUCAGUCUCGAUACCGCGUGCUCCUCGUCCAUGGCUGCUCUGCACCUCGGAUGCCAGAGUAUUCGCACUGGCGAGACAACUAUGUCUGUGGUUGGUGGCACCAAUCUGAUGCUGCUUCCGGAUAUCAUGGGCGCAAUGACACGCCUGCACUUCCUGAGCCCGGAUGGCAAGUGUCAGUCUUUCGACCACAAGGGCAAUGGCUACGCCCGUGGAGAAGGCGCUGGAUUCUGUGUUCUGAAGCCUUUGGACUUGGCCCUUAAGGACGGAGACGUCAUUCGAGGUGUCAUCCGGAACACAGCUGUCAACCAGGAUGGUCACACUCCCGGCAUCACUCUCCCCGCUGCCGAUGCUCAAGAGGCCCUCAUUCGCCGCGUUUACGCCGAAGCCGGCCUUAGCCUCGCCGACACUACUUAUGUGGAAGCUCACGGCACUGGCACUCCGGCUGGUGACCCUGUCGAGGCGGCUGCGUUGGCAGCUACCUUUGGUAGCGCGAGAGAGUCUGGCAACCCCGUCUACAUGGGCUCUGUAAAGUCCAAUGUCGGCCAUCUUGAGGGAGGCUCCGGCUUGGUGCAAGUCAUCAAGGCUAUUCUCAUGCUUGAGCAAGGCAAGAUUCCGCCUUCUCUCUACUAUGAGAAGCCCAACCCUCGCAUCCCGAUGGAGGACUGGAACCUACGCGUGCCCACUGAGCUGCUGCCAUGGCCCACCCCUGGUCCUCGCCGCAUCAGCAUCAACUCGUUUGGCUACGGAGGCACGAAUGCUCACUGCAUCCUCGACGACGCCUACCACUAUCUGAAAGCCAAUGGUUUGACCGGUAACCACAACGUUCAAGUCUCUGAUGGAUCUCCUACUCUUUCUGAAGACUCGGGAGUCUCACUCAUCGAGGGAGUCAACCCGCUGUCUUUGGCGAACGAGCCUUUCCAGUGGAGGUCGAACAUCGACACCUUGACCAAGCCCCAGCUUCUGACAUGGAGCUCCCACGACCAAGACGGAAUCAGCCGCACUUCGACAGCGUACGCUUCUUACCUCUCCUCCAAGCUCGAUGCCGAUAAAGAGGUUCAAUCUUCCGAGAUCUUCCAGAAGCUUGUACGCACGCUCAGUGCCCGCCGAAGCCAGUUGCCGUGGAAGUCCUUCGCCAUUGCCUCUUCUUCCAGGAAUGCAGUCUCGGCUUUGGAGACGCCGAUCGCUGAAGCGGUUCGCUCUGCCAACGGCAAGAAGGUUCGACUCGCCUUUGUUUUCACGGGUCAGGGAGCUCAGUGGGCUGCCAUGGGCAGGGAGCUCUUCUCUACCCCUGUCUUCCGUGAAAGCCUUGAGGCCGCUGAUCUCUCCAUGCGAGAGAUGGGAGCGUCGUGGUCAUUGACUGAUGAGUUGUGGCGAGAUGAGGAAACUUCGAAGAUUGGUUUGGCUCACAUCAGCCAGCCUGUCUGCACUGCAUUGCAGGUAGCUCUCGUCGAUCUCCUGAGGAGCUGGAACGUUGUUCCUGGUGCUGUCAUCGGCCACUCCAGCGGAGAGAUCGCUGCGGCAUAUGCAAAGGGCGCAAUCACUCGAGAGGAUGCCUGGGCUAUCGCAUACCACCGUGGUCGUUUGGCUGGCAACAUCUCCUUGGAUGGUGCUAUGCUGGCUACCAGUCUGGGACCCCAAGACGCCGAGUCUUACAUCGAGCAGCAUGCUCCUGGCAAGGCAGUGGUCGGCUGCGUGAACAGCCCUUCCAGCACCACCCUCUCAGGAGAUGCAGACGCUAUUGACCAGCUGUUCUCGGCGAUCAAGGCAGACGGUCACUUUGCUCGGAAACUCAAGGUCAAUGUCGCUUACCACUCCCCACACAUGGAGGCCGUGGCCAAGGAGUACCGCCAGUCGAUUGCCCACAUCACACCUCUUCCCGAGGACCCUCGCAGUGCGAAGAUGUUUUCGUCUUUGCACCCGGGCAGUGUCAGCAGCGAGCAGCUUGGUCCUGACUACUGGGUUGCCAACAUGGUGAGCCCGGUCAACUUCUCUGGUGGCAUGAUGGCUAUGAUGGGAGGUGGUGCCAAGGACCGCCCGAGACGUCGAACCAACAAGAAGACCGAGGUGGACAACAUGAUGAUCGAGAUUGGACCGCACGGCGCUCUCCACGGACCCUUGCACCAGAUCUUCACUCAUGGCUCCGACAACCCGGCUACGGUCACGGACCUGAGCUACAAGUCGGUCCUCGAGAGAGGCAAGAAUGCAGCAGAGACAGCUCUGACGCUUGCCGGAAAGCUGUUCCAGCUGGGCUACCCCAUCGACAUUCAAGCCGUCAACGGUGACUCGGGAUCUGGUGGAUUCCUUGUUGAUCUUCCCCCCUUCAGCUGGAACCACAGCUUGAAGUACUGGUCUGAGUCACACACAGCCAAGGCCCACCGCUUCCGCAAGCACCCCCGGAAAGAUCUCUUUGGUUCCGAGACCUUAGAGGCGAUCGACCGAGAGCCCAGAUACCGCAACAUCCUCAAGAUUGCUGAGGUUCCUUGGGUGCAGGAUCAUAGAGUUCAGGGCUCCAUCCUGUACCCGGCUGCUGGCAUGAUGAUCAUGGCGAUUGAGGCGAUAUGCCAGAAGGCCGAUGAGCAUCAGCCAAUCGAGGGGUACGAGCUUCGAGAUGUCAUCAUCGGCAAGGCUCUUGUAGUACCACAGGACGAGGAUGGCGUUGAGACGAUGUUGACGGUGAAGCCAUCUCGUCUUGGCUCCCGUACGAACGCGUCUACUUGGGAAGAGUUCCAGCUUUACUCUCGCAAGGAGUCUUGGGAGCUCAACUGUUCCGGUCUGAUCCGCAUUUGCUACAAGGACACCGUCAACUCGGCAUUUGCGAAUGAAGACCGGAUUCUCGCCGACAAGUAUGCGGAGCAGAACCGUCGAAUCAGCGAUGUUUGCUCCCGCCACCAGAACCCGCGACAGUUCUACGGAAACUUGGAAUCGAUCGGACUUCGCUAUGGACCUGUUUUCCAGGGCCUGGUCAGCAUCAAAAAGGGCAACCACCAGUCGGCGUGCGAGAUCGAGAUCAAGGACACCAAGAGCACGAUGCCUCACAGGUUCGAGUACUCUCAUGUCAUUCACCCGGCUACUCUCGACAGCAUCAUCCAGAUGGCCCUACCCUCGUGCUCUGCAAUCGAUGAGGACUUGUCCACUGCCAUGGUUCCUACGGGUAUUGGACGACUUUACGUGUCGGCCAGUAUGCCCACCGAGCCUGGAGUGCAGCUGCCCGGCUUCUCUUGUGCCGAAGACGUAGCCACGGGCGGUCGGGAGGGCAAGAUUGUGUUGAGCGAUGAGCAGUGGAGCAAGCCUCUCGUCAUCUUUGAGGGCAUCAAGAGCGCUACUCUCGCCUCAUCUACAACCGACUCCGCUGCCGACAUGCUGAAGCUUCGCAAGCUUACUUCUGUCUUCCACUGGCAACAAGACAUCUCUCUGCUUGAGCCCCAAGAUAUCAAGAAGCUCUGCGCUGACAGAGUCGGUGACCUGGGCCAAGUUGACCGCAGUGUCUUGCGAGAGCUGGAGAUCGCAUGCUUGAUUUACAUCAAGCGAGUGAUGAAAGAGUGCCCGCAAGAGGAGGCCAUGUCAUUUGCCUGGAACUUCAAGCUCUACUGGGAGUACAUGCAACGAUGCUACCAGAUGGGUCAGCGUGGAGAGCUCUGCUACCAGAGCCCAGAGGCCGACUGGCUCAACAUGAGCCAGGAGGCAGAGGCUCAGCUUCUUGCGCGGGUAUCGCGGUCCUCCACCGACGGCGCUGCCUUGGUCGAGCACGGAGAGCACCUGCCCCAGAUCCUCAGAGGCGAGAUCCCGCCCCUCCAGAUCCUCAUGCGGGACAACUUCCUUCACAACUUCUACAAGGACGGUCUUGGAACGGAACAGCACUACGCUCAGAUGGCCUACUACGUCGAGCUGAUGGCGCACAAGAACCCGAACAUGAAGAUCCUGGAGAUCGGUGGCGGAACAGGUGGCGCCUCGCUGCCUGUCCUCCAGGCUCUCGGUGGCUCGAACGGAACCCCUCCCCGUUUCGAAAGCUACACUUUUACCGACAUCAGUGUCGGAUACUUCGAGAAGGCCCGCGAGAAGCUUGCACCCUGGGUGCCAUUCAUGAAGUUCGCGAAGUUGAACAUUGAGGAGGAUCCCGCGGAGCAGCAGCUUGAGGAAGGGUCUUACGACCUAAUCAUCGCCUCCAAUGUUCUCCACGCCACAAGGUUCAUUGGAAAGACCCUUGAGAACACCCGCAAGUUGCUAAAGCCCAGCGGAAAGCUGGUUCUCAGCGAGAUCACGAACCCUUCCGAGAAGAUGCGAUUCCACAUGAUCGUCGGAUCCCUCGAGGGAUGGUGGUAUGGAGAGGACGAUGGCCGUCACUUUGGUCCUACUCUGACUGUCGAUGAGUGGGAUCGCGAGAUGGUCAAGUCUGGUUUUACGGGUGUUGAUGUGGACUUCAGCAACUUCGAAGACCAGCGAGAUCUGAGUUUGUCGGUCAUGGUUACCACCGCCAACCAGCCUAUCAAGGCGCCUGUACCGUACGAAGCUCUUGUUGUUCUGCCCAACCACCCUGAUGCAGACAUUUCUGCAUUCGCGGACAAGCUCAGCGAGCGGCUGGCGGACAAUGACUGCAGUGUUCUGGUCAGGCAGCUGCAGGAGACGUCUGAGCUCGAGCUCAAGAACCGCUCAUCUCUGGUUCUCUUGGACGCCUCCAAGGACAAUGCAUGCCUUCCCACGGUGUCGGUUGAGGACUGGGAUGCACUCCGCCAUGUCAUCCUGACCUCUCGCGACACCGUCUACGUCACUCGUGGUGGCACCGUCAACAGUGAGAAUCCCUCUGCAAACCUCAUGUCCGGCAUGGCGAGAAGCAUUCGUUCCGAGAACCCGGGACUUGGUCUCACCACUCUUGACGUCGACUUCGACCUGCCGAUGAACUCGGAGAAGACGAUUGCUGCCGUCUACAAGGUCUUCCUCAAGGCCUGCGACUCCAAGGAAGCGGAGCGACCUGACUGGGAGGUCGCAAUUCGGGACGGCAUGCCUAUGGUGCAGCGCAUUGUUCUUGACAAGGGCAUGAACGACCUCAUCACCAACCUCAAUGCGCCUCCUGCACCCACUGAGAUGCCAUUUUACCAGGAAGGACGUCCUUUGACGAUGGCAGUCGGUACUCCCGGGCGCCUGGAUACCCUUCACUUCCGCGAUGACAAGAGCGCCACUCAGCCCCUUCUCGAUAACGAAGUCGAGAUCAAGGUCAGAGGUGUUGGUCUGAACUUCAAGGACAUCAUGGUUGCGAUGGGCCAGCUCGAGCAACCCGCCCUCGGAGUUGACUGUAGCGGCAUCGUUAACCGUGUUGGUAAGGAGGUCACCCGGGUUCAGCCUGGCGAUUCUGUGAUGACAUGGAAGCUUGGCACUAUGGGCAACCUGGUUCACGUUGAUGAGCGCAUGGUCCAGAUCGUACCUGAGGGUAUGGAUCUCGUCACCGCUGCAUCACUGCCUGUCAUCUACAGCACUGCUCACCACUCCAUCUCCAACGUUGCUCGACUCCAGCGCGGAGAGACUCUGCUCAUUCACGGAGCGGCUGGUGGUGUCGGCCAGGCGUCUAUUAUCCUGGCGCAGCACAUUGGUGCGAAGAUCUUCGCCACUGUGUCGUCAGAGGAGAAGAAGCAACUCCUCAUCGACACCUACGGCAUUCCCUCCGAGCAAAUCUUCAACAGUCGCGACACGCGAUUCGUGCAAGGUGUGAUGCGCCUCACGGGUUCCAAGGGAGUUGACGUCGUGCUCAACUCCCUUGCGGGUGAGCCCCUUCGACUCUCGUGGAGAUGCAUCGCUCGCUUCGGACGGUUCGUGGAGCUCGGUCAGAAAGACAUCGUCAGCAACACGGGACUCGACAUGGAGCCUUUCUUGCGCAAUGUUUCUUUCCACUCAGUCAACUUGCUCGAUCUGCUUGACUACGAUGUCGACGCAGCUUCCCGCGUCUUCUCCGAAGUCAUGGACCUUCUGCGCACUGGGGUAGCCAAGCCUGUCGCUCCCAUCGAGUCCUUCCCCCUGUCUCGUGCUGAGGAGGCCUUCCGUCUCAUGCAGAUGGGCAGACACGUCGGCAAGAUUGUCCUCGAGGCCCGCGACGAUGACAUCGUCUUGGCCACGCCCCCCACCGUUGCUCCGAUCGGGUUCAGAGCCGAUGCGACUUAUGUCGUCGCUGGUGGUAGCGGAGGCCUGGGCAGGUGCAUCGCUGAGUGGAUGGUCCGGUCCGGAGCCAAGAACAUCUUGAUGCUUUCGCGUUCUGGUGACCGCAAGCGGACUGUUCAAGAACUUCUUUUCCGCCUCAGGAAGCAGGGUGUCCGGGCUGAGGCCAUGGAGUGUGAUGUCGGCAACGAGACUCAACUUCUUUCCUGCUUGAAGAGGUGCGAGUCCGAGUCCUGGCCUCAGAUUCGGGGUGUUGUGCAAGGCGCUAUGGUUCUCAACGAUGCUAUCUACCAAGGCAUGACUAGGGAUCAGUUCCUUGGUGCUACGCAGUGCAAGGUCCAAGGCAGCUGGAACCUCCAUGAGCACCUGCCCAAAGAAAUGGACUUCUUCGUCCUCCUUUCAUCCAGUGUCGGUAUCGCGGGUUCCCGAGCUCAGGGCAACUACAGCGCCGGCAACAGCUACCAAGAUGCCAUCGCGCACUACCGUCGCGGCCACGGCCUCCCCGCCUGCUCGAUCGACGUCGGCAUGGUCCUCGGCGUCGGCUUCCUCGCCGAGGAGACGACGGGCGACCGCGUCCACGAGAACACCCGCAGCUGGAGCUUCAUCGGCAUCCGCGAGCGCGAGUUCCUCGCCAUCCUCCAGGCCGCCAUCACCAACGAGAGCGUCCCCGGCGUCGCCGCCCCCAAGCAGAUGAUCACGGGCCUCGGCACCGGCGGCAUGAUGGCACAGGGCUCCGAGAAGUAUCCGUGGUGGUUCAACGACGCCAAGUUCGCGCACCUGGUGCAGAUCGACACGCACCACGUCGUGCAGGAGAAGAACGACGACACCGGAAAGCUGCGCGACGAGCUCUCGCAGGCGACGAACCUCGACGGCGCGGCCGAGAUCGUGGCGACCGCUCUCGUGCAGAAGCUCGCUCGCUCCAUGAUGGUUUCCGUCGAGAACAUUGAGACCUCGAGGCCGGUGAGCAGUUACGGCGUGGACAGCCUGCUCGCGGUCGAGCUGCGCUCUUGGAUCUACGAGGAGUUGCAGGCUGACAUCUCCGUCUUUGAUCUGCUGAGUAACGUGGCUAUCUCUUCACUGGCUCGUAACAUUGUGACGGGAUCUAAGGUGGUUUCGGAAUCCGUUAAGGAGGCUUAG